CCAUCUCCUCGUCCCUCUUCACCGCACGCUCCCACCCUCGCCCGCACCUGCCUACUUUUGCCGCCAAAAUUGCGCUCAGAUACUGCGCUCUGCAUUUGCGUCAUCUUGUACAGCGCAGCCUCCUCGUGGAUGCGCUGCUAGCCGCGCACAGCUGCUGGCCAUGACGGACAAUCAGCCAGCUGAGACAUCGACGGCCGCCACCAGUAUCGCCAGCCACGCUCAGAGUGAGCGCCCAGCCGACGCCGACACUCUCGCAAGUCUACUCGAGACUCUUGCCGCACUCUCUGUCAAUGCAGCACCGCCGCUGGCGGGUGCUACUCGACGCGAGAAGCUAGCGCAGCUCGAUGCCCUCUUGGCCUCGCUCGUCUCGGCCAACACGACGGCUGCCGUAGGAGAUGUGCUCGACUGGGACGCCCUUCUCCGCACGCUCCCCAGCCUGGCGCCCGACUCUGCUCGGCGUCUGCUCCCUGCCCUCACAGCAAUCGGCCCUCCUGCGUCGGCCUUGCCGCGGCUGCACGCUGCAGCGAUCAGUGCGCUGUCGCAUCGAGGCAACGACAGCUGGCUGCGCGCGGCGGCCAGCGCACUGCGGGCGUGCGGAGCGGCGGUGAUGCGCACGCAAGGGCCGGAUAGUGGAGCGAGCUCGAGUGCGAAGACAGCCUCAGGCGCUCCAGCGUCGCGGCUGGACGCAUCGACGAUCGCUGCGCUGCUCGACACGGCACUUGCGGCCCUGGUGCGCGGUGGAGCUGCCACAAUCGCUGCCGCUCCCGCACCCCAGUCCGCUGUGCAGGCCGAGCGUAUGGGCUUUCAAGGCGGUGCAUUGACCUUCGGCAGGCGCGGGCCGACCCGCAGUGGAGGGCCUAGUGAGGCUGCUGCUGGGGUAGCAGCACCGCGCAGCCAGUCCCGCCUCGGUUGCAGCCCGACGCUGCCCGCCUCUCCGUCUAAGCCGCGGGCUCGGCAGGCCACGGACGAUGAGGCAGGGUGGACGAGUGCAGCCAGCCAGAGCGGGACUGACGAUCACGAUCCGCAACGGUGAGCUCCACGGUCGCCUUCGUAGCUCAAGACUGCUGAACAGUCGCGCCCACAGCGAGGCAGAAGCUGCCCGCACGCUCCGCCUGGGCGCUCUGAACCUUCUCUCUGCCCUGUGCAUCUCGCA